AUGAAGCGCAUCUGGGCACCACAACUUACAGGCACGACGAUGGUCUUCGGUGUUCCCGUCUCCAUUACCAAGUGGAUGGUAGCUGGGCGACGGUGUGGCAUCGUGGUGGUUUUUGGCGGCUGGAGAAUGAACGAGGUCAAUGGCAGCUCGGAAUCGGAGGAGAUGAGUGGUGCGACGCCGAGGAAGGUGAAGGGGAGUGUAGAUGAAGUUGGCGGCCGAACAAAUGAGGCUAGGCUAACUGAAUCGAGGAAUGAAGACAUCCUAUCGAGGUUUUUGCAGUUGAAAUAUAAAGACCCAAAGUACCUACGAGAUAUAAUACUUAACUAUGUACUUGCUGGUAAAGAUCCUAUAGGGCUUACUAUGUCUUGGUUUAUUUACUUGCUUUGCAAACAUCCACAAGUUCAAGAGAAGGUUGCAAAGGAUAUCAAAGAAGCAACCGAAGUGAAAGAGGAAAUAAAAAACAUUGUAGAUUUUGCAGCUUAUGUGAGUGAGGGUGCGUUAAAAAAAAUGCAAUAUCUUCAUGCAGCUUUGACAGAAACUAUCAGACUCUAUCCUGCUUUGCCAUUGGACCCAAAGAUAUGUUUUUCAGACGAUGUUCUGCCUGAUGGUUAUCAUGUGAAGAAAGGGGAUGUAGUAGCAUAUUUGCCAUAUGCAAUGGGAAGGAUGGAAUUCAUAUGGGGAGAUGAUGCACAUGAGUAUAAACCAAAAAGAUGGCUUGAUGAAAAUGGGAAUUUCCAUCCAGAGAACCCCUUUAAAUUUACAGCUUUUCAGGCUGGACCACGAACUUGUUUGGGUCGAGAUUUCGCAUAUAUGCAGAUGAAAAUAUUUUCUUCUAUCUUGUUAGGUUGCUUUGUGUUCAAGUUAAGUGACGUAAACAGGAUACCAAGGUACAAAACCUCAAUCAAUCUUCACAUCGAUGGUCCAUUGGAUAUUCGUGUUUUCAAGAGAUUUGGUUAAGUUAAUUGUGAAAUUUAAGAUGUAACUUUGUGAACAUAAGAUGCUUAUACAUUUGCUCUUAUAAAACAUAUACGUUAAAAUAGAAAUUUAAUAAGCUUUAUUAAAAAAAUAUGUAAUUGUAUCUUAAAUGGGAAUGUAACGAUGUUGCUAAUAAAGAUUUGCAUAAGUGUUG